AUGGCAACAUCAUUCAAAAAGAAAAGCAAUUCAACUGUUGAAGUUUUAUCUGAAUUAGUCGAGGAUCCAUCAGCAAAUGAAAACGACACAGCUAAAUAUAUUAUAAACGUAUUUAUAUUAAUUUUGAAAACAAAAAUUGGAUUAGUAAAUGUCAUUGAAGAUAUUAAUAACUAUCAACAAAUUACAAAGUCCAAGAAACUUGAAUUAUUAAAAAUUAAAAGUGAACUUCAACAAUGUUGCCACAAAUCUCGAAUGAUAUUGAUGGAAUUAACAAAUAAUCAUGAUACCGACGAUGAUGAUGAACAUGCACAAUUUUUUUUUCUAUAA